AUGUUUGCGCUCAAAGAGUACGUUAUUUCGGCCCCAGCUACCCUGGUUGCACCGGGUAACUCGACGGUCCCAAUAGCACCUGCACCCUCUGAUAUGUUGUGCAGAGAGAGUUUGUCGAGCGAAUCGAACGCAAAACUCCGCCGCGGUGCAUACUGGUGGAGGGUCACUGUUAUUGAUUCCUUCGUCAAUGGAAGAAUGCAGCGAGCCUUGUAA